AUGGAUGAGUGUAUGGAUGAGUGUAUGGAUGAGUGUAUGGAUGAGUGUAUGGAGGAGUGUAUGGAUGAGUGUAUGGAGGAGUGUAUGGAUGAGUGUAUGGAUGAGUGUAUGGAUGAGUGUAUUAAUGAGUGUAUGGAUGAGUGUAUGAGUGAUGAGUGUAUUAAUGAGUGUAUGGAUGAGUGUAUGGAUGAGUGUAUGGAUGAGUGUAUGGAUGAGUGUAUGGAUGAGUGUAUGGAUGAGUGUAUGGAUGAGUGUAUUAAUGAGUGUAUGGAUGAGUGUAUUAAUGAGUGUAUGGAUGAGUGUAUUAAUGAGUGUAUGGAUGAGUGUAUUAAUGAGUGUAUGGAUGAGUGUAUUAAUGAGUGUAUGGAGGAGUGUAUGGAUGAGUGUAUGGAUGACUAUAUUAAUGAGUGUAUGGAUGAGUGUAUGGAUGAGUGUAUUAAUGAGUGUAUGUAUGAGUGUAUUAAUGAGUGUAUGGAGGAGUGUAUGGAUGAGUGUAUGGAUGACUAUAUUAAUGAGUGUAUGGAUGACUAUAUUAAUGAGUGUAUGGAUGACUAUAUUAAAGAGUGUAUGGAUGACUAUAUUAAUGAGUGUAUGGAUGACUAUAUUAAAGAGUGUAUGGAUGAGUGUAUUAAUGAGUGUAUGGAGGAGUGUAUGGAUGAGUGUAUGGAUGACUAUAUUAAUGAGUGUAUGGAUGAGUGUAUGGAUGAGUGUAUUAAUGAGUGUAUGUAUGAGUGUAUUAAUGAGUGUAUGGAGGAGUGUAUGGAUGAGUGUAUGGAUGACUAUAUUAAUGAGUGUAUGGAUGACUAUAUUAAUGAGUGUAUGGAUGACUAUAUUAAAGAGUGUAUGGAUGACUAUAUUAAUGAGUGUAUGGAUGAGUGUAUGGAUGAGUGUAUUAAUGAGUGUAUGUAUGAGUGUAUUAAUGAGUGUAUGGAGGAGUGUAUGGAUGAGUGUAUGGAUGACUAUAUUAAUGAGUGUAUGGAUGACUAUAUUAAUGAGUGUAUGGAUGACUAUAUUAAAGAGUGUAUGGAUGACUAUAUUAAUGAGUGUAUGGAUGAGUGUAUGGAUGAGUGUAUUAAUGAGUGUAUGUAUGAGUGUAUUAAUGAGUGUAUGGAGGAGUGUAUGGAUGAGUGUAUGGAUGACUAUAUUAAUGAGUGUAUGGAUGAGUGUAUGGAUGAGUGUAUUAAUGAGUGUAUGUAUGAGUGUAUUAAUGAGUGUAUGGAGGAGUGUACUAUAUGGAUGAGUGUAUGGAUGACUAUAUUAAUGAGUGUAUGGAUGACUAUGUAA